AUGGAAGAUCAACAUUCAUCGAAGAGAGUAAAGACACUAUUUUCAUUCUUUAAAAAGACUGAUGAUCAAUCUAGUGAAAGUAUAUCUCCGAAAAUUGAACACCCCUCAACCUCCACUCCCAUGCAACAUCCUCCAAAUCCAACUCCAGAAAUUCAACAUUCGUCAGUCUCAACUCCGGAACUGCAAUCAUGUACUAGUAUUGAAUGGGAUCCGGGAAAAAGAAAGCAAAUGUUUGAACAUCCUGCCAAUCUACGAGAUGAGAUUAGAAUUGCAUAUAUAAAAGUUGGACCUUAUCAAUUGAAACUUGAGGAGUAUCCAAGGGUAGAAGGAAAAAAACAAGCUCGUUGCUUUCAGAAAAAAUGGUUCACAGAAUUUCCAUGGUUGGAGUAUUCUUCUACAACUGAAAAGGCAUAUUGCUUUUACUGUUUUCUUUUUCAGAAAGAGGGUAAUUCUUCUGCCUGUUCGGGAUUGGUUACUGAAGGAUAUAAUAAAUGGAAGAUGGUGAAAGAUGGAAAUAAAUGUGCAUUUCUUGUUCAUGCUAAUUCAGCAUAUCAUAAACUGUGUGAGACUAGAGCUAAAGAUUUAAUCAAACCGUCUCAGCAUAUUGACAAGGAAGUUGGGGAUGAAUGCUUUUGCAUUCUUGUUGAUGAAGCACAAGAUGCAUCUAAUCGAGAGCAGAUGGCCAUUAUCUUGAGGUUUGUGAAUAGUCACGGUAGUUUGAUAGAACGUUUCUUUGCAAUCCAAAGAAGAGGAAAUUCAACGUAUGUUGGAUACCGAGGAUGUGAAUCUGAAAGUGGGGUUAUUCAAAUGGUUAAUCUGCAACGAUCGAGAGUUACUCGUUGGAGCUCACAUUACAACUCUAUAAAGAGCUUGAUAGAUAUAUAUGGUGCAACCCGCAAAGUGCUUCAAUAUAUUUGUGGUCAUUGUUCAAAUGGUAGAUCUCAAGCUGAAGCUCGUGGUGCUUGCAAAAAGUUGGUGAGUUUUAAGUUCAUAUUUAUCUUGCAUUUGAUGCAUAGAAUAAUGAGAAUCAGUGAUGUUCUUUGUCAAGCCUUUCAAAGAAGAUCCCAAGACAUCUUGACUGCUUUAAGGUUUGUGUCUACUACUAAACAAUUGCUUCAAAAAUUGAGAGAUGAAGAUUGGGAAGAAUUUCUUCAAGAAGUAAAAUCCUUUUGCUCAAAGAACAAUAUUACAAUACCCGAUCUAGAAGGUUUGUAUAACACUGGCCGUUCUAGUGAUGAAACUACAAUUGAGCAUUAUUAUCACUAUGAUGUUUUUAAUGAAGCAAUAGAUUUUGUAAUGAUGGAGUUAAAUACAAGAUUUAACGACAUAUCAGUAGAACUCCUUUCUCUCAGUGCAGCUUUAGAUCCUUAA